UUGAGGGGUAGGCGCGACGGAAGUUAUCCAUUGUCGUCAUCAAAUCUGAAUCCAGUCCUGGUAAUUCUGUACCAACUUGCUUUUUAAUUAUUUCGUCCCGAAACAGCGAUCUCCGUUUCACGCCGUACCUGUUCAUCUCGUUCGGUCACUACCGACGCGGCGACAACUUCCGCACGAACUGCGCAAUUAUGCCCCCGACACGCCACCCGGACGACAAUCCGCCGGACGCAGUCUAUCAGGACUACGACUUCGACUUGUCGACGCCCGUGUUCAGUCUUCGAGAGCUCUACGCCAUGGGCACGGACACCAGAGGCCUCGUGUCCGUAACGUUGAAGGGGCGUUGGGCAGAGCCCCAGUUCACCAACGACGUGGACUUCUUCAAGCCCUGCGUGCCUGACAUCAACAUCGGAUCGUUCGGCAGAUACGCCGAAGUGUGUCCCGGUGGAGGCGCUCGGUUCGUGGCUCACUUGAACUACUCGACCGAGCACCACGCCGUCAUAACCUACAUCGCCAACUUGCGGCGGACCUUCGUCUACGACAACGAGAGGGCUUUUGCUGAAAAGUUGUGUAGGGCAAAGGCGCUAGGCACCGACGUGGCGUUCGGAAUCGCCGUCUACGACCUCGAUUUUGACGACUACGAGGACAAAUGCGCCAGCCUGAAUAUGUACGGCGCCCACAGCCGCCUGAAGGCGUUGAGGAUGAUAGUGGAUUACUUCAAGAUGAACACAACGUCUUUCAACGAGACUGCCUGCAGGACUUACGUGACGACCUAAGGCGGCAUCACCGUCGUCGUCGCCGUGUUCGACCGGAUUACGCGAGAAGUGCGGUGAAAUAGAGCGGUGGUGGUCGUACGUGUCGUCAUUUUUAAGACCAUGUCUUACACCCACUUUCUGUGAAGGUAUAUGACGCCCACGAUGAUCACGAUGACGUAGACGAUAACAUGCGGACCCAAUUUAAGCUGUCCGGACUUUAGGUCUUCCUUAGCUAGCUUCGAUAUUUACUCGCGUGCUGUCUACACUGGCUUUCGUGCUCGCUCGCACACCGCCAGUAACAACUAAUGUUUGCUAGCGUUUUAUUAUCUUUAUCAACUAUUAAUUGUAAUGAACUAGUGUUGGCCCAAGUACACCUAAUGCUAGCAAAUGCGGGCAAGUGUUGGACACUGUUGC